GGCUGCGCUGGGCUCGCUGGCUCGCACGCUAGCUGCACGCUAGCUGGCGCCCGAAGCUGCCAACAACAAACAUCAAACACUACCAGCACCCCUGUCAUCACUCUUUUUUUAUUUGUAAACCCGUCGUUUUGUGUUUUUAUACUUUUCUACGGCGCUGCCGCAUUCCGUGGCGCCUCCCAGUGGUGAAAGAGGAGAGCGCAGGACCGGUGGUCUGCUAUUUCGAUGCAUCCCGCAGCGGUGGGUGCGUGCAGCUCGGAGUCUCCCAGCAGAAUGCAAGUGGAAAUUCAGGUGGCGCUCAACUUCCUCGUGUCCUUUCUAUACAACAAACUGCCCAGAAGGCGGGUCAACCAGUUCGCCGAGGAACUGGACCGGGCGCUGCGCCGCAAGUUCAGGGGACACUGGUACCCUGACAAGCCCUACCGCGGCUCGGCGUUCCGCUGCGUCAAGACGUCGCCCCCGCUAGACCCCGUCUUCCAGGUCGCCGCCAGGGAAAGCGGUCUCGACAUCCGUGACGUCCGCGAGAACCUCCCCCCAGACCUGAGCAUCUGGAUCGACCCGGGCGAAGUCUCCUACCGCCUGGGCGAAAAAGGGGUCGCCCAAAUACUCCUCGGGGGUCCGACCCCGAGUGCCGAGCCCCGAACCCUCACUAACAGCCCCGGCAUCGAUGAAACCCUCGCAGCCCAACUCGCCGGCUUGGGGCUGGGGCCCGCACUACUGCCGCCCGUAGCGCCGCCCCAGCCCCCCGUGGCGGCCCCGGCGUCCGCCGCGGCAGCGGCGUCGCGAGCGCUUACCUUUACCACGGCCAGCUUCGCGCAGACGAAAUUCGGCUCGACUAAGCUCAAGACGAGCUCGAAGCGGGCACAGCGGCUCUCGCCGACCGAAUUAGGCCUAAGGCGCGACCACGGGCGACCGGCGGCGGCGGCCGUUGCGGCGCAUGAUCUCUUCGUGCCAGGGCUCGACGUGUUCGGGGAAAAUGGCAGCGGUCACCACGGUUGCCCGACGUCUCGUUUUCCGGCGGCCGCGUUCUUGCCGACAGGAUCGCUGCCGGGCCACUCGGCACCGAACUCGGCGUCGGAACUCGGCGCCGCGUUGCAACAGCACUUGCUGCUGGCCAACUGAAAAAAAAAAAAAAAGCCGACAAGGCCGAUUCCAUCUCAACGAUUACAGAUGUCUAUAUUAUAUACAUAUAUAAAUAUAAGUCUGGUUCGUUAAAAAAAAAAAAUAGUAGGCAGGUUGCAAACGUUGGCAACAACAUACACAAAACAAGCGCUCGCAGCGCCCCCUUUUUCUAAAAACCCCGUCGUUUUUUCCGUACAUUUUUUCUACCGAGGUGUGUAUCGUGUGUGUUUGAUAAUACAAACCGCCGCGCGCGCGUGCGCGCGCGCAGGGCGAGUUCGAUUGAUAUUGUCCGCCGACUGAGUAUGAGGUGGUUCAACUCUAUCCAAAGAAGAAAAAAAAAAGAACACUUUGUCGUCGUCGUUUGUCGUCGUCAUUAACGUCUCAUUGGUUGGUCGCAAUUUUUUUUUUUUGAGCAGACGCGCGUCAGUACAAAGAGGACACAGGCGUUGUUGUUGUUGUUUCUUCGCCGCGGUGGCCAGUACGGUUAGUGAGUCAGAUCACAGCCCGCUGCCGUUACCGUAGUCGACGAGAAAAAAAAAAUUGUGAACGAAAGUGACAGAGAAGGGAACUAUUUUGUGCGGCGCAAUAAGGAUCGCGCUCCUCCCGACCGCUUCACUCCAUUAUUCCUCCCCCACCCCAAUUUAGCCGGAGGCCCGGCCGCGUGGAGUGGCCAGUAUUGACCCGAUGGCGUCGUUUCGAAGCUAACACUUUGAAUCACGUCCGCGCGCUGCGAUAAGCGCUUCUCCACGUGUGUUGAUUGCUGUUUAGCGGGCCCUUGGUACUCUAUUUUCUUACUCGUACGGUGAGCGGGACGCGCAUGCUUGGACGCGACUCAGUGGGAGGAAGUUAAACGGCCUAGAGCUUGACUCGGUGCGCGAUAGAUGGCGCAACGGGAAAGGGGUCUGCUAGCAGGGCUCCAGUCGGUCUUGUAUAGGGCUCUAACGACUUCGACAAUCCGCCAUUUCGGCACCUGACCGCAAUAUGUCCUACGCGACCCCUAUGCAUUGGCAGCGCUAUUAGGCUGUAACGUAUUUUUCGUCUCGCAACACUGAGAUGCCUCAUAGGGUAAAUACUUAGCAUGUCGUUGAUGAAAAAGCCCAAUGGAUAUAACUGCGCAAUAUUCGACAAAAAUUAAUAGUGUAGGUACUUCGAAAAAUUAUACGAUAUCAAAUUUUUGUCCGGGAACAGUUACGUCUGCAUCGAGUGCCACAACACUUAUCUGUAUCGCUUCUGUAGCUCCCUUUCCGACACUAAAUGGACAAAUUGAUAGUCACGGAGGGAAACAGUUAUGUACCCCUCAUUUGUUUAAUGGACGCUAUCCUCUCUUUGUACGUGGGUGCGUCCCCUCCAAACAAGAAGAGAUUUGGGCUGCGACACCAAAAUGGCGGACUGAACGAGUUGUCGGAACUCUACGCAGAUGUUCGAUGUUGGGUACCCUAGCGACCUGCGAAGCGUCAGUGAUAUCCACGUCCUACAAUUCCAAAGAAAAAAAAAAGAAGAUACAAAAGCAGGCUCCUUUUAUCUUUUGUACUCUGGCUAGAAGGCGGGACGGCGUGCAAAAAAAGAAAAUGUAUUACACGUCUCGCCGUCUCAGCCAAGCAGCCGCACAGUGUGCACUGUCUAUCCACAUCUUGUUACAUUUUAAUAAGUUUCUAAUAAACGUUGGAACAAAGCUGA